AUGGCGCAAACGACGGUGGCAGCCCGGACGGCCCCUGCACAUCACCCGCGGGCCGUGUCGAGCUUUCCCCGGUUUUGCACGCUCUUGCUGCUGACGUGUCUGGCUUUUCGGCUGGGUGUGGGAGGAAUGGAAGCGCUCCCCCAGGCCGACGGAGCUGCGGCUCGGAUCGCCGAAAGCUGCCCUCUGCCACGCAGGGCUGACCCGGAGGGCCAUCCUCCUCCUCCACCCGGCGAACAUGGCGCAGCUGGCCGAGCAAGCCAGGACUCCCCCAUCCCGGCAGGCGCUCCCUUGCCCACCCCUCCGCAACCAGCCCCAGGCACUGAUGCAACUUCAAUCUCUGGCCGCUUCAAGGCUGGGUGCAGGAGCCUCAAACGCACACUCGGGCGGCUAUUGCGCUGGCUCAGAGCUCGCUUCACCACCCUGAAAACUAAGAUCAGGCAAAGGUGGCCAUCCAAAAAACGGCCUGCAAGUUCGGAUAAUGGACAACCAUACCAAGUACUCCAUCCUGCUGAAAGCCAACAACACGUCCCCCAAGCUGCGACAGAGUAUCCGCAACAGGCCGCAGAUGGCAGCCAAGGUGUUUACACGAGCGACUAUCCUUCGCCCGCUGGCGGGAGUCCUGGGGGGUCCAGUCUGGGCCCCGCCUUCGGGCCAACCAGGCCCCCAUAUCCAUCGCAGGAAGCAAGUAUUGAGGAGACAUUAAAGACGCUGCACCCGAAGAUAAUCGUGUACCAGUUCGCGGAGCGGUUCAACUGGACGCCCGUCGAGGGUCUCCCGGGCUACUUCAAGUCUCACGGCCCUGGCAUCAAGAGCGGAAAAGGGGGCAAAGAGUCGCUGUUCAGAGCGUUUGCCCAGAUCAAGUACCACGACCAAGAGCACCAUGGAGAGGUCGAGCAGGAGAUGAUCCGGCAUGAGAGCGACCGGUUCUCCCGAUCCCUGGAGCAUUCCGGGACGGAUGCGCAGGAGAAGCGCCGGCGCGUGGAGCAGUAUGUGGGCCAAUUGCGCCGAGGGGAGUGGCCCAAGGGCGUCCGCGCGGGCUGCUUUGCGGCGCUCUCCCACCUCAACAUCGUCGUCCUCUUCCGGACCAAAAACGACCCCACCCAAGCCGUCCACGUCCAGCUGCACCAACACAACGCCUGGACCGAGCAGUUCAACGGGAUCCUCGUCGAGGACGGCGGCGCGGAGCUGUUGUGGCACAGAUUGCCGCACGAGCCCUUGCCCCUCACCCGCUCUCUCCCUUCGCCGUCCUCUCCCCCCACUCCUAGCUCCAGCUCGAGGGGGGCUCUCGACCCAGAUUCUCCUGGGAAUCACCCCGCAUCCACCAAGUUCAAGGUCGAUUGA